AUGCCACUCGGUAAAGUGGAGAGUUUUCAUGUCGGUACACAAGAUUGGGACGCGUACGUGCGGCGCGUUAUACAAUUUAUCGCGCUAAACAACAUCGAACGUAACCUACACGUGGCCACGUUGGUCACUUUAGUUGGUGCGGAUUGUUACGCGUUAAUGUGUGAUUUGUGUUCUCCUGUGCAUCCUGAAGAUAAAACAUUCGACGAGUUAGUAAAGUUAGUAAAAGAUCAUUUGGAACCCGAGCAAUCCGAGAUAGCUGAAAGACAUAUUUUCCGGCAGAGAAAGCAACAGCAAGGCGAAGGCGUCAAAGUUUACCUACAGAAUUUAAAACAUCUUGCUAAGACGUGCAGUUUCGGGGCACAGCUUGAAAUUAAUCUAAGAGAUCAGUUUGUCUCGGGAUUAAUCAGCGAGGAGAUGCGUUCGAGGCUUUUUGCGGAAAAGAAUAUUGAUUAUCGUCGCGCGGUGGAGUUAGCGUUGGCGCUGGAGGCGGCGGAGCGGCAUGCGACCACGGCAUGCGCUACGGUCGCUCCGGGCGCGCGCGCACUCUCGGACGGCGCGUUCAACGACGACGGCCUACACCGGGUGGGCCCCGUGCGCGGCUCGCAGGUGGCGGGCGGCGGCAGCGGCAACGGCGUGGCGGGCCGUCGGGCCUGUGCGCGCUGCGGCAAGGGUCAUCCGGGGAGGUGUCGCUAUCGAUAUCAUUCAUGUGAUUUGUGCGGCCAAAAAGGCCAUUUAAAGGCAAUGUGUGAAAUGCAAAAAAGAAGUGAAGUGAGUGCGAGAGUAAAACAAAAUAGAGGUCAGAUUUAUUUUAAUAAUUCCAGUUCCGAAAGCGAGAAUGAUUGUCACUUUUAUAAUAUAAUUAGCGGUGGAGAUGAGGGCCCCUAUUAUGCUCUUUUGAAUAUUAACAACGCAAGCCACAAAUUUGAAAUUGAUACGGGCAGCAAAAUUUCAGCCAUAUCGCAACAAUACUACAACAAAUUCUUUAGUAUUUUUCCCAUUCAAAGUAAAACUUUAAUAUUAAAGUCUUACACUGGUGAUAUUAUAGAGACGAUCGGUUACAUUUUAGUCGAUGUGGUAUGCGGUACCAAAUCUGCCAAAUUAAAGUUGCACGUUGUACCAAAUGGGGGCCCUCCUCUCAUGGGCAGAGCUUGGAUAAAAGAAUUAAAGUUAUCUGUUAUUCAAUGUCAUAAUUUGUGUAGUGAAGACUCUAUUGCUCUUAGCCUAAAAGAGGAAUAUCCCGAAGUGUUUGCGGAGGGGCUAGGCACUUUUAAAUCGCGAUUCCGUUUGCGUUUAAAAGACGACACGCCUGUGUUUGUUAAGGCGCGUGCGCUGCCGCUAGCACUUCGGGAGCCGGUUGCGCGCGAACUCGAUCGCUUACAGCGGGAGGGUGUUAUUUACAAAGUAGACAGAUCUGACUACGGGACACCUAUAGUCCCGGUUGUCAAAUCAAAUGGUUCGAUUCGUAUUUGUGGUGAUUAUAAAAUCACUUUAAAUCCGCGUCUUAAAGAUUUUCAUUACCCGCUGCCUCGGAUCGAGGACCUAUUCGCCGCACUGGGUGGAGGUGAGCAGUACACUAAGCUCGAUCUGUCUAAUGCUUUUCAGCAGUGUGUUCUAGAAGACGAAUCACAACCGAUGACGGCAAUCACGACUCACAUGGGCACUUUUGUUUAUAGGCGCGUUCCUUUUGGCAUCAAAUGUAUACCUGAAAAUUUUCAGAAAAUUAUGGAAGAAACGUUGAGCGGAUUGCCCUCAACGGCAGUAUUUGCUGACGAUAUUUGUGUAACGGGUAAAGAUAAAAGCACACAUUUAAGUAAUUUAAAGGCGGUGUUACAACGACUGAAAGAAAAUGGUUUAAGAAUAAAUUGGUCUAAAUGUAAAUUUUUUAAAGACAGCGUUACUUAUUUGGGCUAUAAAAUAGAUAAAUUCGGUUUGCAUACAGACGAUAAAAAAAUUGAAGCUAUUGUUGCAGCACCGCCUCCAACUAAUGUAUCACAAUUAAAAAGCUUCAUGGGCUUAGUUAACUUUUAUGCAAAGUUUUGUAAAAAUAUGAGUGAUAUUUUAAAUCCGAUGUAUAACCUUUUAAAAAAAAAUGUAAAGUGGAAUUGGGAUGAAAAGUGUAUGAACGCCUUUAUUAAGAUAAAAAAGGUAUUGAGUAGUUCCCCGGUGCUGGCGCAUUACGACCCGAACCUGCCGCUCAUACUGGCGGUCGACAGUAGCCCGUACGGCUUGGGCGCAGUGCUGCUGCAGCGCGGCGCGGACGGCGCCGAGCGGCCGGUGUGCUGCGCGUCCCGCACGCUCGCGCCCGCGGAGCGCAACUAUGCGCAAAUAGAUAAGGAAGCGCUCGCCAUUGUGUUCGGUGUGACGAAACACCACCAGUACCUAUACGGGCGGCAUUUCAUUUUGCGCAGCGAUCACCGCGCUCUGAGUUACAUAUUUGGGAAGAAUCGGGGCAUCCCGUUGACUGCGGCGAGUCGCUUACAGAGAUACGCGGUCAAAUUAUGUGCGUACGAUUUCGAAAUUGAGUUCGUUAGGUCUAUUGAAAACUGCCAGGCCGAUGCGCUCUCUCGACUCCCCUUGAGCUCGACUAGCGGUCGAGUCAAGAGCGAGACGGAAAGAUGUAGCUAUCUUAAUUUUAUUCAAGAAAAUUUUCCUGUCAGUUUUAAAGAAAUCAAGACUGAGAUCGCGAAAGAUCCUUUAUUAAGUAGAAUCUACGGCUACGUAAUGUUCGGUUGGCCGACUAAAGUUACAUCUGAAUUGGAAAAACCUUAUUUUAAUAGAAAAGAUAAUUUAUAUAUCGAUCAAGGUUGUUUAAUUUGGGGGUAUAGAAUGAUAAUUCCUAAAAAGUUACGCCAGAUGGUACUAAAAGAGAUACACGACGGACAUCCCGGUAUAGUUAAAAUGAAACAAAUCGCUCGUAACUAUGUGUACUGGGACGGCUUAGACGCCGACAUUGAGCGCGUGUCGGCGCAGUGCACGGCGUGCGUGUCGCAGCGCCCCGCGCCGCCCGCCGCGCCGCUGCACUCGUGGCCCUGGCCCGCCGAGCCGUGGUCGCGUUUGAAUAUCGACUUCUUGGGACCGUUCAAUAACACGUAUUACUUAGUUAUCGUAGAUGCUCAUUCCAAAUGGAUCGAGGUCGAAAAGUUGCAGACCAUAUCCGCAGCAGUCGUUAUAGGUCGUUUGAGGCAACUAUUCGCUAGGUUCGGGCUCCCAAAAAUUAUACAAAGUGACAAUGGCCCGCCGAUGUCGUCAGCGGAGUUCGGUUUGUAUCUUAAACAAAACGGUAUCAAACAUAACCUCAUAGCCCCAUAUCACCCUAGUAGUAACGGGGCCGCUGAAAAUUCGGUACGUACUAUAAAAAGAGUUCUUAAAAAAGCUGUUGUUGAGAAAAUGGAUGACUUAACUGCGCUCAGUAGAUUUCUUUUUACGUAUCGAAAUACGGAGCACAGCACCACGGGGCGAGAGCCCGCCGUGGCUAUGUUCGGUCGGCGGCUGCGCGGCCGCCUCGACCUACUGCGGCCCGACGCCGCCGAGCGCGUGCGCGCCGCGCAGCAGGCGGCCGAGCGCCGCACCGCGCCGCCGCACGCGUUGCGCGAGGCGCGGCCCGGCGACGCGGUGCUCAUACGGGAUUAUGCUAGAAAUAGUUCUAAAUGGGCGGAGGGUGAAGUACUAGAGCGUAAAAGUCCUGUGUCCUAUGUAGUUAAGGCUAAGGAUGGCCGGAUACAGAAACGCCAUAUCGAUCAAAUCCUAACAGACAAACGCAAGUCUCGGCAUUCGCUAGCUCUAGUGGCUCCUAUUGGUGAAGAUACUCCCAGCUCAAUGACUAAUAAGCCUGUGGAAACAGAACAAUUGGAAGUUGGUUUGGCUGAUAUUGGAGGAGGUUUAGUUUCUAAUAGUGUGGAAUGUGAAGAAACUAAACUUCCUGGGCUGGAAGAAACUGAGGAUAACCUACGAUCAAGAGCGUCUUCAUCAAGAGCUGCCGAAAAACCUGACGAACGAGCUCAACGUUUGGAUGAUCAAAGAUUAAGACAAAAUCAGUUAAGAACUAAAACCGAUCUUAAUAAAGCAGCCUUUAAUUACGAUAAGAAAUAUGAUUACAAGAUCCAUCCCGAUGUGGUCUACUAUCCCACCGCUGAAGUGUGCUUAGGAGAUGUGAUCUCACAAACCCAAACGUUGGUGAAACCAAAAAUCGGCUUCAACUUCAAACCGGGUGUAAACUAUACCAUUAUAAUAAUAGACCCCGACGUUCCAUCCGCGCAAGCUCCUGUACUACGAAGCUACCUCAACUGGAUGCAAGUGGACGCUUGCGCCAGUACCCCGGGGCUUCUCGCGGGGACUACGAUAGCGGAUUAUAUGACGAUCAACCCCUACCCGGGCUCGGGGUACCAUCGCGGCACAGUGCUGUGCUAUGAGCAGACUAGACCGCUUGAUCUUGGGGCGAUAGCGCGUAAACGAUUGGCGGUGAGACGUUACCGUUUUGACGUGGUCGCCUUCGCGACGACGUAUGGUUUGACGCUCGUCGGUGGUAACUUCUUCAGAGUCGCAGUGCCAGCGGUCUACGACGAAUACUACUGUAACAAUUGCCCGACUUGCCUUACAGAUGUAUAUGUUAAAUAA